AUGGGUUGCGGAAUGAGUACUGAGGAUAAGGAGGGGAAGGCGCGCAAUGAGGAGAUUGAGAACCAGCUCAAGCGUGACAAGAUGAUGCAGCGCAAUGAGAUUAAGAUGUUGCUUUUGGGUGCUGGUGAAUCUGGAAAGUCCACCAUCUUGAAACAAAUGAAACUCAUCAAUGAGGGUGGCUACUCCCGCGAUGAACGGGAAUCGUUCAAGGAAAUCAUCUACAGCAACACUGUCCAGUCGAUGCGUGUCAUUCUGGAAGCCAUGGAGUCCCUUGAGCUUCCUCUCGAGGACCCCCGCGCCGAAUACCAUGUUCAGACCAUCUUUAUGCAACCCUCUCAGAUCGAGGGUGACAGCCUUCCCCCUGAAGUAGGCGGUGCCAUCCAGGCUCUUUGGCAUGACGCCGGUGUUCAGGAGUGUUUCCGUCGCUCCCGCGAAUACCAACUCAACGACUCUGCAAAAUACUACUUUGACUCCAUUGAGCGCAUUGCUCAACCCGAUUAUCUUCCCAGCGACCAGGACGUUCUCCGUUCUCGUGUCAAGACAACCGGUAUCACCGAGACCACUUUCAUUAUUGGCGACCUCACCUACCGCAUGUUCGACGUUGGUGGUCAACGUUCCGAACGUAAGAAGUGGAUUCACUGCUUCGAGAAUGUCACCACCAUUCUCUUCCUUGUCGCCAUCUCCGAGUACGACCAGCUCCUUUUCGAAGAUGAGACUGUCAAUCGUAUGCAAGAAGCUCUGACCUUGUUCGACUCGAUCUGUAACUCGCGGUGGUUCAUUAAGACCUCCAUCAUUCUCUUCUUGAACAAGAUCGACCGCUUCAAGGAGAAGCUUCCUGUCAGCCCCAUGAAGAACUACUUCCCCGACUACGAGGGUGGCGCCGAUUACGCCGCUGCUUGCGACUAUAUCUUGAACCGCUUCGUUUCGCUCAAUCAGGCCGAGCAGAAGCAAAUCUAUACACACUUCACAUGCGCUACGGAUACCAACCAAAUCCGUUUCGUCAUGGCAGCCGUCAAUGAUAUUAUCAUCCAAGAGAAUCUCCGUUUGUGUGGUUUGAUAUAA